UUGACAGUUCGCUCGCUCGUUCUCCCUUCAGCACAUUUAUUUGGCAGCCGCUCGUCUAAGUAAAAAUUACCACGUGAAGUGAAAUUGCCGAAUUUCAUCACAUAGAGCAAACAAACAAAUCUACUUAAAAACGAGUGUAAAAAGUUGAGAGCAGCGAGUGCCGUGCAUUAGACAGCAGAGAAACCUUACAACAAACAGAACUCAAUAUUUAAAAAAAAUAACACAAAAUGGCGCUUCGUGUGCAGUUCGAGAACAAUGACGAUAUCGGCGUCUUCAGCAAAUUAACAAACACAUAUUGUUUGGUUGCCAUUGGCGGGUCUGAGACCUUCUACAGCACCUACGAGGCUGAGCUGGCCGAAACCAUUCCCGUUAUUCACGCCAAUAUCGGCGGCUGUCGCAUUAUUGGUCGUCUCACAGUUGGCAAUCGCAACGGCCUUUUGGUGCCCCAUUCCACCACCGACGAGGAGUUGCAACAUUUGCGCAACAGUUUGCCGGAUGCAGUCAAAAUACAACGUGUCGAAGAGCGUCUGUCCGCCUUGGGCAAUGUUAUUGCCUGCAACGACUAUGUGGCCUUGGUACAUCCUGAUCUGGAUAAAGAGACUGAAGAGAUUAUAGCCGAUGUGCUUAAUGUGGAGGUCUUUCGUCAGACCAUUGCCGAUAACACACUGGUUGGUUCAUACACAGUGCUGAGCAAUCAGGGCGGCAUGGUGCAUCCCAAGACAAGCAUUCAGGACCAGGAUGAGCUCUCAUCGUUGCUGCAAGUGCCGCUAGUUGCCGGCACAGUGAAUCGGGGAAGCGAAGUUUUGGCUGCCGGUAUGGUUGUCAACGACUGGAUCUCGUUUGUGGGCAUGAAUACAACAGCCACUGAGAUUUCUGUGAUCGAGAGCGUGUUCAAAUUAAAUCAGGCACAGCCAGCGACAGUGACAACAAAAUUGCGUGCAGCGCUCAUCGAGGAAAUGUCCUAAGCACACAUACACACAUAUUUAAUAAGAAAUUCAUCAUUGUUGUUAUCUUUUGUAAACUGUCAGACGAAAUACAAGGCAACCACAAAUUCGAAA